AUGGCGGCCAUGUUGGUGAAAAACGCGCUCCGGUCGAGUCUGCGCACGCGACCAGCUGUCCCAAGCGUCCGUGCUCUGUCGCUGAUCCCCAGUCAAAGCCGCUUCGAUGCGUCUCCCAGCAUCGCACUGCCGCAGCUGUCCCUGUUGUCGAUGAUCAGCCACGAGCCAACGAAGUUGAUGCUGAACCCACUGCAGCUCGAGACGAGCGUCAGUCGCGUACUGAUGGACAAUAUCCUGUUGCCACUCACUCAGAUGGAGUGCCCUAGCGAGAGUCUCGACGAGCCGAUGCAAGCGAUCAAGCGCACGUACCAGCCCAGUGUGCUGCGCCGCAAGCGCAAACACGGCUUUCGGUCGCGUCGAGUGUCGAUUUCGGGCCGCAAAGUGCUCAAGCGUCGCUACGAGAAGGGUCGGUGGCGCAUGUCGCUGUAA